AUGGCUUUACAAGAUUCCUCUACCUACAGAUACGACGUGUAUCUCAGCUUCAGAGGUGAAGAUACGCGCUAUAGUUUUACUGGAUCUCUCUACAGAGCUCUAAAUCAGAGAGGGAUCCGUACCUUCGCUGACGACGGCGUGCUUCUUAAAGACGACGGACCCAGUCGACGGCUUUUGAAGGAAAUACAACAAUCCAGGUUUGUCAUAAUUAUAUUCUCUAACAACUAUGCCUUUUCUACUGGGUGCCUGGAAGAACUCACUGCGAUCCUAGAUUGCUAUGAACAUGACAAGAAGAAUGGCCGCGUGGUUUUUCCCAUUUUUUAUAAAAUGGAUCCUUCUGAUGUGCGACACGGGAGAGCAAGCUACGGAGAAGCACUGGCUAAGCAUGAGAAGAGGUUCGUGAACGAUGGUGUCGAGAAAGUACAGAAAUGGAGGAUGGCACUGCACAAUGCAGCUAACCUCAGUGGCUUUCAUUUCGGGGGUGGAUACGAACAUGAAUUUAUUGAGAGUACCGUUAAGAAAGUCCAGAGCAUGAUUUCUCGUGUGUUUUCACGCGCUUCUUUACGUGUUGCUGAUUACCCUGUUGGAUUGGAGUCUCGAGUGGGUAAAGUAAAAUCACUUCUGAGUCUUGAGUCUGAUGAUCUAGUCCAGAUGGUAGGCAUCCAUGGUAUAGGUGGAAUUGGGAAAACUACCAUUGCUCUAGGAGUAUAUAAUUCAAUUGGUGACCAGUUUGAAGGUCUGUGUUUUCUUGAGGAUGUGCGAGAGAAUUCAAUGAAAUUUGGGUUAGUACAUCUUCAAGAGAUUGUUCUUUCUAAGAUAUGUGGCGAUGGGAAUAUUGACAUACAAAAUGUGAAAGAAGGAAUUUCAAUGAUGAGGAAAAGGCUAUCCCGGAAAAAGGUUCUAUUGGUUCUUGACGAUGUUGACAAAAUGGAGCAGCUUCAAGCUAUUGCAGGAGCAUCCGAUUGGUUUGGUCCUGGCAGCAGAGUCAUCGUUACAACCCGGGACAAUAAUUUGCUGGCAAAACAUGAUGGUGGAUUUGGAUUUGGAAGAACAUAUGAGGUAGAGGAAUUAAGUGAAAAAGAAGCGCUUGCUCUUCUUAGUUGGAAUGCUUUCAAGACCGACAAAGCAGUUGAUCAAAGAUAUGCACACGUUUUAAAUCGUGCAUUGACCUAUGCUUCUAGGCUUCCACUGGCUUUGCAAGUAUUAGGCUCCUACUUGUUUGGAAAACUUAUAAACGAAUGGAAUGAUGCAUUGGAUGAGUACGAAAAAAUUCCUGAUAAAAAUAUCCUAAGGGUACUCAAAAUAAGCUUUGAUUCCUUGGAGGAAGAAGAGCGGAGAAUUUUUUGUGAUAUUGCUUGUUUCUUCAAUGGACAUAAAUUGGUAGAAGUGGAAGACAUACUUGGGGCUCAUUAUGGUUUAUCUGUGAAAAAUAGUAUAGGAGUGUUGAUUGAAAGAUCUCUCGUAAAGAUUGAUGACGGUCUUGUCACAUUACACGACUUGAUACAAGACAUGGGUAGAGAAAUUGUCCGACAGGAAUCACCAGAUGUGCCUGGGAAACGAAGUAGGUUAUGGCUUCCACAAGAUGUUGUUCAAGUUUUACAAGAUAAAUCUGGUUCUAAUACAGUUGAAAGCUUAUUGCUGGAUUUCCCCAAAGAUGGAAUAAACUCAAAUGGCGAAGAAGUAAAUUGGGAUGGAGAGGCCUUAAAGAAGAUGCAAAACCUUAAAACACUUAUUAUUAGAAAUGUUCGUCUUAACAAAGGCCCAACACAUCUUCCCAAUAGUUUAAGAGUGUUGGAAUGGUCGGGAUAUCCUUCAUCGUCAUUACCUGAUGGUUUUCAUCCAAAGAAACUGGUGAUACUCAAGUUAUCCGAGAGUCGCCUAAGGAUAAGUGAACCAAUUCAGGGUUUCAAAAGUCUGACAGUUUUGGAUUUCAGCUACUGUGAAUGGAUAACUCAUAUAUCUGAUGUAUCUGGCCUCCCAAAUUUAGAAAAAAUAUCUUUAAAACAUUGUGAAAAUUUAACUCAGAUUCACGAAUCAGUCGGACUUCUGGAAAAACUUAGAAUAUUGGAUGUUGUUCAUUGCCAGAAGCUUGGUGCUUUACCACCAAUCAGAUUGACCUCUCUUGAACAACUCAAUCUUUCACAUUGCUCAGCUCUUGAGAGUUUCCCAGAAGUAUUGGGGAAGAUGGAAAACCUGACAGAGCUUCAUAUAAUGGCAAGUCCCCUUAAAGAAUUACCAUUUUCAAUUCAAAACCUUAUUCGGCUUCGAAAAUUAGAACUACACAUAUGUGGAAUGAUUCAGUUACCAAGUAGCAUAGCCAUGUUGGCAGAACUUAGUUCGAUGUGUGUUUCAAAAUGCCAAAGGUUGUGUUUAUCCAAACCGGACACAGGUGAAAAUUUCGAGUCCAAGUCAUCAAAGACUGAGCAUCUUAUUCUGUCAUAUUGCAACAUAUCAGAUGACUUACUUCCAAUAGGUCUUACUUGGUUUGCCAAUGUGAAAGAUUUGGACCUCUCGGGUAAUAAUUUUGAAAUUCUUCAUGCGAGCAUCAAAGAGUGCCCCUUUCUUAGGAACCUUAAGCUGGAUGAUUGCAAGAAUAUACAAGAAAUUAAAGGGCUACCAUGGAAGCUAGAAUCAUUUUCUGCACAAGGAUGCACGUCCUUGAAAUACCUGGACUUCACAGGAGAACGUCCCUCGUCGAUACGAGAGCUUCUUUUGGAUGGUUGCUCAUUUUUAAAACAAGUUAUAGGGGUUCUGCCAAAGUUGGAAAGCUUCUCUGCAAAAAACUGUACAUCAUUGUCUACAAGCAUGUUUGUGAAUCAGGAAUCGGUAGAAGCCGGAAACAAGAUGUUUUCUUUACCAGGAACGAAAAUUCCAGAUUGGUUUACACACCGUGUAAAUGGAGGAUCAAUAUCUUUCUGGUUUCGAAACAAAUUCCCAGUAAUUUCUCUGUGUCUUGUUAUUGAAUCGAUGGGUGAGCAACCUAUCACUAUAAAGUUUAGCCCGAGAGUGUUCAUCAAUGGCAAUAAAAAAUCCCUUGGAAAUCGGAAAGUCCAUGAGUUCAGGAUAGCAACAGAUCACAUACUUUUGUUUGACAUACGGUUGCUAAAAUUUGAAGAUAAAGAGGAUGUAGUCUAUUCAUACAAUAACUGGAAUCAUGUGUUGGUUUCGUAUGCGGAUCAUAUUAACAACAAUGGGGUACCAAUCAAAGGGGUUGCGAAAUAUAGUGGAAUGCAUGUAUAUCUACAAGAUAGUUGUAUGGCAAAUAUCCGAUUCAACAAUCCCCCGCAGUCAUUGCUAAGUGUGAAUUUGAAUUCAAAUUCAACGGAAGCACACCAAAGAGGCCAGAUAGCGGCAGGGAUAUACCAGAAAGACCAGACAGAAAAUUUAUCUUCAUCAAUUCUCUCAUCGACCCAACUUGAAUCUACAAUUACUGACGUGAGAAAAGGUCCAGGCCAUAAACCUACACUUCCAGCUAAGAGGUCUUUGGAAGGUGUCGUAAGAGAAACUUCAAAGAGUCUUCUAGAGGAGGAUAUUCAUCACACGACUAUUUCAAAUAGCCCUCCCGUCAUUCAAAGUUUUUGUGUGGGUGAUGAUAUUGAAUCGGAAGCAGUAUCCUCGUGUGAACUUAAAUCUGAAGAAUCCUCUUCAUCUGAAGGUUCUGACUCAGAUGAUCCCUUUGACCGUAUUGAUAGAAGACUCGGUAUUAGCGCCAAGGAAACCGUAUCAUCUGCGUCACAUUCUAGGGAUGCUUCACUUGAAUCAAUUAGAGAGACUAUUAAAUCCUUGGAUCAGUUAAUGGUUAAGGACUUAUCUGAAGUCUCUUCUGAUCCUGAUGCACAAUCUGGACUUCGUCAACUGUUGGAUGUUCUCAGUUCAAGUAGCCACCCCAAGGUUACUUUCGAGGUGAAGGAAGCUAUUGUGGAGUUCAAGAGAAAGGCCUUUUUAUCAUUUCAAGAAUUCCAAUCUGCGGCUGAGUCUGUCAACAAAUUGAAGGAUUUUGAGAGGCAUCUAGCUAGAAUUCAGCAGGAGACUCUUGCAGGCAAGGGUCAAAGGAAGGACCUCAAAACCUCGAUGAAAAAGGUUUCCUUGGGCAUCAAGUCUGAAAAUAGGAGGAAGAAGGAGUUAGAGACAGAAAUUGCAACUUUAAGAAUACAUAUAUGUAUCAAAGAAAGAGACAUUGAACAACUUGUGCUGAAUCUCAAGGAUCAGGAGGAAACACUCUCAACCUAUUCAACAAGUUAUGCGUCUCUCAACGAUCAAGCUCUAGCACUGUUAAAGCAAGCUGAUGACUUACUUGUUGUGAAUAGUGGGGUAAAGCAUGAGGGUAAAGCUGCUGAAGUUAUUCAGAGUCGGCUCAAGUCUACCUGGUCUUUUGACCUCACCAGUCUGUUCAAUAAGAUUAAAUAUAACAUGAAUACUGACCAUUUAUGA